CUUCGGUGAUCUAUUCGAAGAACUUUGCGAAAAAAAGGAGAAAAACGAGGAAGCGGUGAACAGAAAUCAGACGGCACCGGCACCGGCAACGAUAGAAAUUGCAUCAAGUUUCUGCUGAGCUUUUUAACAUUGGAAGAUUGAAAAAAUGUCUGGUGAGCAGGUUAGGAAAAUCACGCGUGAAGAUAUACAACUGGUGCAAAAUCUCAUAGAAAGAUGUUUACAGCUUUACAUGAACCAGAAGGAAACUGUUGAUACCCUCUUACAUCAGGCAAAGAUUCAGCCUAGUUUCACUGAAUUUGUGUGGCAAAGGCUUGAAGAAGAAAACCAUGAGUUUUUCAGGGCUUAUUAUACGAGGUUGAUAGUAAAAGAUCAAAUUACGAGAUUCAAUGAGUUGCUUGAGAGACAGGCUGAGUCAAUGCGUAUGUAUGCAACUGAAUCCGUUCCUGUGUCUAAUGGAUCUCAGAUUCAACCAGUAGCACAGAACUCAGCCUCUCAAGCAACAGAGCAUGCUGAGCCCAAUGUGAAGCUUGCCAACAUGCACCCAACUGUUAAUGACAAUUUACCUCAUGUUUACACAAAUGAUGCUUCGUCAGUCCAAUCAUAUGCGCAAGCUGCUAUGGAUGUUUCUGCUCAUGCAAGAAGCAUUGAUUUAUCACCAAACAUGCUAUUGCCUCAGCAUGCAAACCUGGGAAUGAUGCAAGGACCAAAUGGGGGGAUGAUCAACUCAGCUGGUUAUUCAGGCAAUUAUGGUGGUGAGGGCAUUCUCCAGCAGGCUCGUCCUGGAGUUGGAAAUUCAUAUGUUGAGCCAAGUGUACAACCAGUGAUUGAGGAUCCCUGGGGUGUUGAUACUUCUUCCUUUGGUUUCUUGGGAAAGAUUCCUCGAAACUUCAGUUUCUCGGACUUAACAGCUGAUUUUCCCAACACUUCUGAGAUUCUAGAGGGCUACUCUGGAUCAGCCUUUCUUGCAACAGAUACCAACAACUUUUUGGAUCCUCAGGAUAGGGGAGAACAAGAAAAUCAAGCCAUUAACGAAUUGGAUACUAUAUCAGAAGACGUGAGUUUUGACGAUCUUUGCAGUGAUUGAAUGACUAUUCAGAUUACCAUCUUGCAGAGUUAACCCGUCUAUGUAAUCUUAUCAGGUUUAGGGGUAUAGUUUAUUUCAAGUCUUCUAACUUAAUGUCCAUAGCGAAGCAAGUUGUGCUUUAGACUGUUCGCUCUUUCUGUUAAAUUGGUUUCUGAACCCAUCAACAUGGUUUUAGCUUCGUAUUGACCUCAACGUUUGCUGGUCCA